CCUCGUCCCUCCUGCCAACCAACUAAUCCACCACCGCCAAUUCCACCGAAUCAUCUGUACCAUCCUCUCGACAUUUGCCAGCAGUCGAGACUCAACAAUCAGCCACAAUGUCUUCCAUGCGCAACGCCGUUCAACGGCGACCCCAUCGCGAGCGUGCGCAGCCCCUCGAGCGACGUCGCCUCGGUCUCCUCGAAAAGCACAAGGACUACUCCAAGCGUGCGAAAGACUACAACGAGAAGAAGAAGCAGCUCAAAAACCUCCGACAAAAGGCGUCCGAGCGCAACGAAGAUGAAUUCUACUUUGGCAUGCUGUCGCGCCAGGGACCUGGACUACGGUUGAAAGAGGGCAAGAAAUGGACGGGAAAUGUCAAGGGCGACCGCGGCAACAAGACAUUGGAUCAGGAGACUGUCCGAAGCCUCAAGACCCAAGAUCUGGCGUACGUGCGCACAAUGCGGAACGUGGCCGCCAAGGAGGUGAAACGCCUAGAGGAGCAGCUUGUUCUCUCGCGAGGAUAUGGUCGAUAUGACGAAGACGACGAAAAAGAGGGCGCGGAUGACGACGACGACAGCGAGUUUGACUUUGGCGCACCUCAGAAGAAGGCGCGCAAAAUAGUCUUUUUCGACAACGAGGAGGAGAUGGAAGAAGCAGUCGACCAGGCGGCUGAAGACGAAGAUCUCGAAUUGGGAGACGACGAUGACAAGCCCAAAGAGGGGAAGAAGGCGGAAGAGGAAGCGCAAAGAGCCGAUGCACUGUGGCGACUGAAACGGAGGUUGGCGAGCACGAAGAAGAAGCUCGAGAUCCUGGAGCAGGCGGAGCAGGAACUUGAUGAGACGCGGGCCAAAAUGGCGAAGACCGCUACAUCGGGCGGGACUACCAGGCGGGGGCAGAAACUCAAGGUGCGCGCCAGGAAGAGGUAGAUGAGCACUUUUGGGGAAAGACGGUUGUGGCGGCUUGUUUGAUCCUUUUGGCUGGAUUGCCGUGUCCGAUAUAAGCCAUAACAUACCAUGUUCUUCAUCGUGAUUCUAUCCAAAACUUCGAGUGAUAUCGGCCAGGACGAAGGGAAACUCAGCAUGAGAUAUGGGAAAGCGUGAUCUAACACAAGUACCAAAUGGUAGCAUUACUUGGAGCCUACAGCAAGGCGUAUUUGAAGUCGCGUGGUGAAUAUGCUAAAUAUCAAAGAGACAGGCCGACUACGAAGUUUGGAAUUUCGAACGGAUAGGCGAGCCUCAUAAAAUCGUAACAACGAGACUCCGCUGAAGUGUUGCAGCAACUCCUGACAACAAUGGCCUUGGACUGACGGAACGACGCGUCCGUUGACGGAUGCUGCGCGGUCUAGAAUCACACCAUCGU